UCGAUGAAGCGAGAGCCUGAGUGGUCAUUUUCCCACGUUUUAUACAUGUACCUUCCAAUAAAUGUUCAAUAUAAAUGUACUUCCAGUGAUACUCUCUGGUGUUCUGAUUGAUAUUAAAGAACAAGAUCGAUAUGACAAAUGCUGAAAUUAAGCUGGUCGGCGAUUUCCAUACAAUCACGCCAUGGAUGAUAUCAUGAUCGAUGAGGGCGACGAUGUCGGUGAAAAUUGCGAAGUGUUGACGAUCAGGAGAACGAAGGCCGCCGAUCGCGACGAUGAGACGCUGGUGGGUAUAGGAUGGAGGGUCUUUGGGUUGACUAUCUUCACACUUAUUACCGUGAUGCAAGUUAUCCAGGAGUACCUUCUUGUUGUAACAAUAUUUGGAAUGGCUGAAGAAUUAAAGUUCGGAGAAACAGAAUGUCAGGUGAUCAACGGAACAGCAGCACGUGACUAUAUUGGUGAUCUCAACAUGACCGGGGAGGAAUUGUGCGCUGAGGCAGGAAGGUGUUCUGAAAACAGCACGUUUUUCUUACCAGAUGUAUGUGGGGUACGGUACACGGGACGAGGUACACUCUAUGACGUAUUAGCUGGACCAAUUUACCUCAUCAUACACGGAAUUACAACUGUGCCACUUAUAGGCUUGGUUCAAGGACUUUCCAUGAGGGCACCGUUAUCCAUUGCAAUGUUUACUGUGUUGUGGACACUCUGUACCCUGCUUACAGCCUUUGUUAACGACUACUGGGCCGUCGCCUUGCUCCGGUUCCUAUUUGGCAUAUUCACCGGCCCUAUCAAUUCGCUGAAAAUUGCUUACCUCGCCCAUAUCUUUCCAACGGAAGUACACACCAUCGUCUUUGGUAUUUCACACUACGGAAACGCGUUGGGAUUUGGCGCCUCCUUUCUUUUUGUCAACGUGACGAACAGCCUCGUUUGGAGAUGGUGUUAUAUAAUUUGUGGAGCCGCGGGUCUGUUCCUCGCCUUAGCAUCAUGUUUCAUGGCAAAUCCAAAAGGACCACGCCCCCAUGACAAGAUAAACAGCGUGGUAUCGUCAUGGAAACAGCAGCGCUCCAGUUUGAGACAGAUAGCAUGGCCAUGUGUAAUGUGCGUUAUCCUGAGCUUCACAGCGAGUGUUUCAGCGACCUUCGUCGGAUCCUACAACAUCACUAUCUAUCUGGCGGAGUACUUUCCAGAGUUUGAUGUCAGUGUGAUAGGUUUGAUUACAAUAGUCGCAGGCUUCAUUGGUUCCAUCUUUGGCGGGUGGAUGGGUGAUCGUCUGCGGAAGAUUUCUGGAAUACGUGCGAGAAUUGGACUCUGCAUUGUUCUGCAGAUUGUCGGGUUCGUUACCGCGACGUUGAUUUACCAAACACCUCUCACAGCUUUAGUGAUUAUACUUUGUAUAAACUACUGCUGCUACAGUUGGUUCGCGAUUGUCCUUCAAGCCAUCCUCUCCGAUCUAACUCCACAUGAUUGCAAGACAGGAGUCUUUGCCAUCACCUACUUCUUCACUAACUCCAUAGCGGUACUGUUAACCUGGCCGUUACCCCGGUAUCAUCCAUAACGAGCCUGCGAACAGCGAUGACAGUGCUAGUUGCAACACUCGUAGGAGUCGGCGUCGUCUUACUAUUCAUACCCAUCGGGUUUCGCUGGUUCCAGAUCAUACAAAACCGAAACACGAGACUAAUCGAAAUGAGGACAAAGAAGAGGAGGUAAACGAAAGAACUCCUCUGAAAAUUUCAUACGACGAAAAAGAAAAUUGUUCAGUUUUGAUAUGAACAGGUUCUGAGGUAUUCAAAAAAAAUAUAUUAUUUAAUAUUAUUGUAAUUUAUUUUGGUCAUUUUUACAUUCUAUUAACAUUUCUUAUUGUUAUGAUUUAUAAAUAUUAUAUUUUACUUUAAAAAUGAUGCACACUUUUAGUUAGUGAAUGCCACUCAUGUUGAAUAAAUCUUGAUUAAAUUUAAUCAAAUUAACUUAAACAGUGAAGGUGUAGAGGUGGACUAGUGGAUGAGUCCCCGGAAUGUGGGUAACAAGUUGCGGUUCAAAUCCCUGCCACAUCAUUGAUGUCAUUUGGCAAGACAUUAAACUACGUGUGCAACUGAGCUCUCCCUCCAGGUACACGCUAGAAAGAAAUGCCUUUAAUGCUGUGGCGCCAUAAAAUGAUACAUGUACUUGUAUAAAACACAAUAGAGUAUAUCUACUGCACUAUGUUAAUACAUUUACAUUUGUUAUUUCUCAUAACUAGUUUUCAUAUGAAUUUGAUUCCCAGUGAGAGAUCCAAAGGGAGUUCCUGGAAGGGGGCGUGGGGAGGUUCAUGUCCAAAAAUGUCCGAUAUGUAAAAACAAAACAAAGACAGUUUAAAAGAAAUUCUUAUGUUUUUUUUUUCAGGUGCCUUGUUGACCACAAUACUACCCUUCCAUCCAAAGAUUUUUUUUCCGGGCUGGGGGG